GGGACCGGAGAGGUGGCUGUCCACCAGCUCCUCCUCUCCCCACCCCCGCGGCUAAGCUGCGCCUAAAGCGCCUCCGCGAGCCGCUGCGCUUCCCAGUGGCGCGCCCGCCUAUUUCGGUUAUGGAGAAUCUGAGGCGGCAGCAGCAGCAGCAGCAGCGCACGGCGCAGAAUUGCGCGCGGUGGCUGGCCCCGCUCCUCUGGCUGCUUUGCGCCUCGCUCUCUGCCGCCACCGCCGGCUCCUUCGAGCUCACCAUCCUGCACACCAAUGACGUCCACGCCAGAGUAGAGCAGACCAGCCGCGACUCGGGCAAAUGCGUCGGGGAGGACUGCUACGGCGGGGUGGCGCGCCGCGCCACCAAGAUCCGCGAGGUCCGCGCCAGUCACCGCAACGUGCUGCUCCUCGACGCCGGCGACCAAUACCAGGGCACCGUGUGGUUCAGCUUCUUCAAAGGGAAGGAGGUGGUGCGCUUCAUGAACCUCCUCGGCUACGACGCAAUGACAUUGGGGAACCAUGAAUUUGAUAACGGUGUGGAUGGACUAUUGGACCCGCUGCUGAAAAAUGUUAAAUUUCCUGUUGUGAGUGCAAACAUUAAAGCAAAAGAGCGAUUGGCAAGCAACAUCACAGGAUAUUUCCUUCCUUAUAAAAUUCUAGAUGUUGGCUCAGAAAGAGUGGGAAUUGUUGGCUAUACCUCAAAGGAGACACCUGUUCUUUCAAAUCCAGGACAGGAUUUAUUGUUUGAAGAUGAAAUUGCAGCAUUACAGCCACAUGUGGACAAACUUACUACUUUAGGAGUCAACAAAAUCAUUGCACUCGGUCACUCUGGUUUUACUGUGGACAAAAGCAUUGCUCAAAAAGUGAAAGGUGUGGAUGUUGUAGUUGGGGGACAUACAAACACCUUUCUUUAUACAGGCAGCCCACCUUCAAAUGAUUUACCAGCUGGUGAUUAUCCAUUUAUGGUGAAGUCAGAUGAUGGGCGUGAAGUUCCUGUUGUUCAAGCUUACGCUUUUGGAAAAUACCUUGGCUAUCUGAAUGUUACAUUUGAUGAUAGAGGAAAUGUAAUUAGAGCAUCUGGAAACCCUAUCCUACUAAAUAGCAGUAUUCCUGAAGAUCAAGUUGUGAAAGCCGAAGUUGACCAGCUGAAGAUUCAGCUACAAAAUUUUUCUUCCCAGGAAAUAGGAAAAACCAUUGUUUAUCUAAAUGGUACAAAUCAAGCAUGCCGCUUUGAAGAAUGCAACAUGGGAAAUUUAAUUUGUGAUGCUGUGGUUUACAAUAAUCUGAGACAUCCAGAUGAUAAUCAAUGGAAUCAUGUUUCAAUGUGCAUCGUAAAUGGUGGUGGAAUACGGGCACCCAUUGAUGAACGAACCACAAAUGGAACUAUUACACUGGAAGAGCUGCUAUCUGUGUUGCCUUUUGGAGGAACUUUCGAUUUGCUAACGAUCAAAGGUUCUGCUCUGAAAGCAGCAUUUGAACACAGCGUUCACAGACAUGGGGAAGGAACAGGUGAACUCCUCCAGGUCUCAAGUAUAAAAGUGGUGUAUGAUCUUUCAGAAAGUCCGGGAAGCAGAGUGGUCACCUUAAAGGUUCUUUGCACAGAGUGUAGAGUACCAGUCUAUGAACCACUCCAGAUGGAUAAAACAUAUAAAUUGCUUCUACCUUCUUUCCUUGCUGGAGGAGGAGAUGGAUAUCACAUGCUAAAGGGAAGCUCAAAUAACCACAGUAGUGGUGAUCUUGAUGUUGCUGUCAUUUCUAACUACAUCACUAGAAUGGGAAGGGUAUUUCCAGCAGUUGAAGGUCGUGUGAAGUUUUCUGCUGGAAAUGUAUUCCAAGGACAUUUCGCCUUGCUUUCUGGAUUAUUUGUUUUGCUUCUGUGCUUAAUUUUAUGAUUUUUCACUUGUUUUUGGGAAACUGGACUUUUUCUACAUUCUAGCAAUUUCUUAGUACUUAAAACACAAUCACAGCUGAUUCAAUGAUUUUUGGAGGCUAGUAUGUAAGUUGUUACUUUUACUGGAGUGGCUGGAAAGGACAAAUCAACAUUAAUGUAUUGGGUAUGUAAUGUGUCUAAACUGUGUUACACUUAUGUAUAUAAUUGAUAUGUAUAUAUAUGCUGUAUACCUUUUGAUUUUUAGAAAAUUAAAAUAAAACAA